AUGUUUUUUCCUGGAUUCUUCGCCGUUUUGGUGACUCUUUUCGCCUCCACAUCGAUAAACAUCGGCAAAGCGUUGCAGAAAAAAGGCACGAAAUCUUUACCGAAGUUGACGUUUAAAAAAGACGUCUUGAAAACGUAUUUCUCAAACGAAACGUGGAAGCUCGGGUUAGGAUUAGACGUAAUUGGCGGUUUGAUGAUGAUUGUCGCGUUAGCGAUUGCACCGGUAUCGGUGGUACAACCCGUUUCGGCCGGUGGAGUCGCCAUUCUCGCCGGGUUUAGUCACGUGUUUUUAGACGAGAAGUUGCGAGAAAAAGAAUGGAUUGGAGUGUGGUGCGCGGUGUUAGGGACGAUUGGGAUCGGGUGGACGACGGGUGGAAACGUCGCGAUAAAAAAAGAUGGGAAAGGAGAAGAAAGUAUAGUGAGCACGUGGAGGUACGUGUUGGGUGUUUUUGUGGUUUUAGGGAGCACGUAUUUGUGCGCGCCUUCGUCCGCCGCGGGAAGUAAUGUAGGAAGCGGGGGGGUGUUGGCCCCGGCUGGGUCCGGGAAGGCGGGUGGUUCCAACGCCGCGUCGAAUGCCACGCCGUCGACGACGACAGCGAUGACGACGACGAAGUCCGACGUAACGCCCGGAACCACGCCGCAGAAAGGAUCCGGACAUGGGAACAAGAACGACCACUUUUUGAAAUCGCCGCCGACGAAAGAGAGCAUGAACGCGUCGAUGAUGAUGACUACGCCACCGAAAAAAGAUAAAAGCGACAAGAAAGAUAAGAGCGAGAACGCGAACAGCGUUGAGUUCAAACAACAACGUAUCAGAGAUAUCCUCGCCGGUGCGCGCGCGGGUGCGUUAUUUUCGCUAUCCGCGUCCUCGGUGAAAUUAGGUUUCCAACUCUCUCGACGAUUGGCGUUUAUAUGGGCCUUAAUAGGCCUCGCUGCCUCGGUUUCGUUGACCGCUUUAGGACUCUUCUCGCAAACCAAAGGUUUAAAAGAAGGUAACGCGGUCGUCGUCGUCUGUUCUGGUAACGUCGCCCAAAUGGUCACCGCCAUCCCGUUCGGCGUCUUGUGCCUCGGCGAAAGCCUCCCCGGUAUCGGCUUCCUCUUCGGUUCAAACGGUGGUUCGGAGUUUGGUUUCUUCCACAACGCGUUCAAAUUCCUCGUGUGGGCCUUCAGUUGGUGGCUCAUCCUUUUCGGUGUCGUCAUCGUCUCUGGUUUGAGCACGCACGACGUCGUCGCGACCAUAGCGGCGACCGGAGACGUUCGGAAAUCCGUCGUGUUACCCACGACGAUGGGCGAAGCCAAACUCAUGUUGUUGAGCAAGAAAGAGAAGAACAAAGAGGCGAGUCGAAAAGAAUAA